AUGCAGGCUUCCUUUAAGGAGAAUAUGGGCACGUCGGGUCGUUUGGUGCCGUUGGCGUCGACCGUGAAGACGAAUGUAGUCGCACCGAAAGGCAAACGACUCGCCCGUGAACUUGUCGACUUUCGGGUGGGCCGUCAUCUUGCGCUCGGGCCCACUGUAGUCCUCGUGUGGGCCAAGGUUAGACAUGGCCAAGACCGAGCAAAGAGCUUGCCCCCGAGUCGGGCCACGCUCGUGUUCGCCACUCCAAUCCCGCUGUACUGUCCCGUGGCCCAACGGGCCAAAUCGACCAUGUUUCGGGCCGCAAUGGCCCAAAUCUUCGUCCCGGACGAGAAGAAACCCGUCGCGGCCGGCGAGCCCAUUUCCCUCUCCACUUGGUACUUUCGUGUCUCCACGAAACGGCUACAAAGCGUGGCCCGGCCGCCCGAGAUCCGAAUACAAUGGAGCAUACCGUCGCCAUCGAAUAAAUGGUGCGGGCCGCGGGGCCCGAACUGCGGGUUCGGGCCGUUUCGGAUGUAUGCCCCGUCGAGGGCCCGUGGUAGGGCCCCCUCCGCCACGUUGCAGGCGGUGGGCGGCAGCUCGGCCACGGGGGCGAAGUUUCCGGCGAGGACGAGUUUCGGGUCGAGCGGGGGAGGGAGCACGGGCGGGUCGAGGUGCUUGUGGAUGAGCUCAUCUAAGGAGUCGAAGAGUCGAGCGAGUGGCGGCGGCCGGCUCGUUUUCUCGCGGGCGGAGAUUUUGCGCUCGAUUUUCGCGGGCCGGGGGUUUUGGGCUCGAUUUUCGCGGGCCGCGGUUUUGGGCUCGAUUUUUGCGGGCCGGGGGUUCGAUGUGUCGGCGGCUUUGCAGGUUACGAAGGUGGUUCGGGCGGUCCGAGGCUUCGGAUGGAGGUGA